AUGGAACAGACCACUGCCGAGCUUUUCGCCUCGAUGGUGGACUCCAGGGCCCACUUCGGGAAGGGCGUCUACUGUAGUCAGCAUGAACCAGCUGUAUGGGGCUCCCGCACUCGUAUUUUGCUGAACAGCUACAGCAAUUUGAGCCCCUUUCGCGAGACAACAGAUGCUGAGUCUCAGCGGGUGGAGAAGGAAUGGGGCGCAGGCAACGCCGGAGGCCAUCGCGCAGCCUUCUGCAUUCCGAUUCUAGUGUCCAGAGAGCUCGCGUACAACACCUUUGAAAAGCAGACGCCUGAUCUCGCCCAGAAGAUCGUCCGUGACGCAAACACGGGAGAGGAGCGCCGGAUCAAUCUUGGAGAAGACUACCGCGGCCGCAAAGUGGAUCCUGGACGCGAUGUUUGUGUUGUGCAGGUGACGGACGAUGCUGGCAGCGUGAAGCAUGCUGGAGCCGAGGCAGACGGUUUGCUGAGACUGCUCCGGCGUCGCUUGGCCAACCUCCGACGAGAGCUCGGCGACGACGCGGAGAUCACAUUGGACUGCAUGUUCGAGCUCGGGAGGAGGCUGGAUGGCCGCGCCCUGCACAAAGAAGCGGAGCAGCUGUACAAGGAGUGUCUGCGCGGCCGCAGGGCCAAACUUGGUGAA